AUGUCCAGACCGGGCCACGCACGAGACUCAUUGGAACUCGCAUCUCUCGCCUCGUCAUCGCCAGGUUCAGCAGGAUCUUCUCGCUCUUCUUCUCCCGGAAUCUCCUCCUCGCGAAAGCUCUCUCUCGAAGACCAAGACCCUCUCGCCGAGUCGCAUACCGAGCUAGAAUCAGGCAGAGGGCCCCGAUCCUACUCGAUUUCCUCGGCCUUUGACUUUGGACGCACUCUCUUCCCACUCUCACAAACACAGGGUGGCUAUGCGCCCCUCGGUACCCCGUCCGCCGACAGACCAGCCGAUGGAUCAUUAGAACGGAACAAAACCCUGACCUACCUGAAUGGGUUGUCGCUGAUUGUCGGGCUGAUUAUUGGAUCUGGAAUCUUCUCAUCGCCGAGUCAGGUAAAUGCCAAUGCAGGGUCGCCAGGUGCCGCUUUGAUCGUCUGGGCUGUGGCGGGUCUGUUGGCCUGGACGGGAGCGGCGAGCUAUGCAGAGCUGGGAGGAGCUAUUCCUCUGAAUGGUGGUUCGCAGAUAUAUCUCUCCAAGAUCUUUGGAGAGCUUCCGGGCUUCCUGUUCACCUGGUGUGCAGUAUUGGUUUUGAAACCAGGUUCCGCGGCCAUCAUCUCGAUUAUCUUCGGUGAAUACAUCGUUCGAGCCUUUGUCGGUGCUGAUGUCGGCGACGUCAGCCCAUGGAUCAACAAGGCGGUUGCCUUUGGAGGACUUCUAACAGUGACCUUGCUCAAUUGCAUCUCUACCAAGUUCGCCACUCGAAUUGGCGAUCUGUUCAUGUUCUUCAAAUUUGUGGCUCUCCUCGGUGUAACUGUUAUUGGUAUCAUUGUUGCUGUGACAGGUCUUUCAUCUACGGGCGAUGCCAACGAAGAAUGGAAAACGCAUGGCUGGUUCGAAGGCACCAACACCGAGAUCUCUGAUUUCGCAGUGGCCUUGUAUGCCGGUCUCUGGGCAUUUGACGGCUGGGACAAUACCAACUAUGUGACGGGUGAAUUCAAGAACCCGAACCGCGACCUGCCACGGGUCAUUCAUACAGCAAUGCCCCUGGUCAUUUUGUCCUAUUUGCUUGCCAACGUCUCCUACUUCCUGGUACUGCCCCAUUCCACCAUCGAAGCCAGCAAUACUGUGGCUGUUCAAUUUGGUGCAAAGGUUUUUGGUACCGUUGGGGCUCUCAUCCUUGCCCUUGUUGUAGGAGCCAGUUGUUUUGGAGCACUGAACGCAACCACCUUCACCAGCGGCCGUCUGGUGUACGCCGCGGGCAAGGAGGGCUACCUACCCGGAAUCUUCGGGCGCAUUGGACUCUCUGCCCAAACAGGGCCACCAGCGGGUAGUCGACUGCGCCGACGGUCCUGGGCUCGUCGGUCUCUCUCCCGAGUCUUCGGUGAUGAAUCCCGACUUGGUCUCACCCCCAUCUAUGCGAUGGCCUUCAACGGUGCUUUGACCAUCAUCUACAUCGCUGUCGGGGAGUUCGGCACCCUCGUCACCUUCUACGGUGUUGCCGGAUACACCUUCUACUUCCUCACCGUGCUGGGCCUGAUUGUCCUGCGCAUCCGUGAACCGCAACUCGAACGGCCUUACCGCACAUGGAUCACCACUCCCAUUAUCUUCUGCUGCGUCAGCCUCUUCCUUCUCAGUCGGGCUGUCAUCUCAGAGCCCCUGCAGACCCUUAUUGUGGUGGCUUUCAUCAUCACUGGUGUUCCUGUCUAUUACUGGCGAAUUCAUCAGCGUGAUGGCCGUAUCGAUCUUCCUAACUGGAAAUUCUGGAAACGAUCCGGUUGA